AUGUGGGUUAUAUAUUAUCUGGAUGGGAAUAAAUUUAUAAAGAAAGUAUUGCUACCAAGCCAAUCUUAUCAAGUUGGUUGCAGCAACGGUGUUCUCCCAGUGAGUACCAAUUUCAUAUCCUUAGACAAUCGAUUAACUGUUCGUAAAAGACUAAAAUUCAAGAUCGGUAGGAUCCCGACUCUGAAAUGCAUGGAACCUGACUUGCAUACGCCCAUACAAAUUGAGCUUCAAGCUCCAGGUCCAGUGAUAAUAAACAACUUAAAAAGUUACUCUAUUGAUAUAACCUCACCUAGUACAAAUUUUAUUCCAGAAGAUGCCAUUCCAUUCAAUCGUGACAAAUUCUCCGUUAAAGUAAUAGAUUUGCCAGGAGUAGAGUUUUCAUUUUAUUGGCUCCCACUCAAUAUUUCGUACACCUCUGCGAGCCAGAAGCAAAUGCACUUCAAGAAGAAAUUAUUAUUGCAAAACAACAUUGAUUUCAGAAUUUGUAAUUAUGAUGAACUGAGUUUAACCUACAUGAUAGUUACUGAAAAUGUUCCUUUAACUUCCCCAGUAUCAACUAAAAUUCUUUGGUGCCUACUGAGAUGUAUUCCAAUUGUCAAAAUUGACUGGCUAGAUCAUGUCAUAUCAAAUGGCGAGAAUAUUAAGAAUUGGUAUUCAAAUGAAGUAUACCUUAAGAAGUAUUGUCCGGGCCCCAGUUUUGAAGUCAAUCCUGAAAGGAAGAAGCUCUUAGUUGGAACGCUAAUUAUAUCAUUUGCAAAGGAUUUCUGGUCUUCUUUACUUGAGAAUAUGGGUGCAACUGUAUUUGAAGUUGACCUAUUGAAAUUUUGCAACCCUACCGAUACCGAAAAUCAAAUGGUUGACGAAUCGUUGUUAUUAAAUGAAGUUCAUAGGUUGGUACACAAUCAUCUCAGCUCCUGCUACUUUUUACAGAUAUCAGCACUGUCAUUAAAGCAUCACCUGGCUGAUUUCAUUAAUUCAACAAACUCCAUAAUUCAAAACAUAUCUGCAUGCUUUGGAACAAUUCCAUUAAGCUCCAAACAAAUCGAAAUUUCCCUAUUAGAAGUUAGUUUAAAAGAAGUCCUCUUUUCUACCAUUAAUACAACAAAAGAAUAG